AUGGCAGAGGCUUUAAAAGAAAAAGAGCUCGGUAAUGCGGCCUAUAAAGAAAGGAAUUUCGAUGAAGCAAUAAAGCAUUAUGAUAAAGCUAUUGAGAUUGAUCCUACGAGUAUUGUUUUUUAUAACAAUAAAGCUGCGGUGCUUUUCGAGCAGAAAAAGUAUGACGAAUGUAUCGAACUUUGCAAGAAAGCAGUGGACAUUGGGCGUGAACAGCGAGCGGACUAUACGCUAAUUGCAAAAGCCUUUUCCCGGAUAGGAAAUGCUUACCUGAAACUGGAUCAAUUGAAAGAAGCACUUACCUAUUUCGACAAGUCAUUGUCGGAACAUAGAGAUCCGGAAAUAGUCAAGAAAAAGAAAGUGCUGGAGAAAGACCUAGCUGAGAGAGAAAGAUUAGCUUACAUAGAUCCAGAAAUAGCGGAAAAAGAGAAAAUUAAGGGUAACGAACUUUUCAAGCGAGGUAAAUACCCAGAAGCUAUGAAGCAUUAUAACGAAGCUGUGAAGCGAGAUCCCGAAAAUCCUGUUCUUUAUUCAAAUAGAGCAGCUUGUUAUACAAAACUGAUGGAAUUCCAGCGAGCACUUGAAGAUUGUGAUACGUGUAUCAAGAAAGAUCCUACUUUUAUAAAAGCCUAUAUCAGGAAAGGCGCUGCAUUAAUCGCCCUGAAAGAAUAUGGGAAGGCACAGAGUGCAUAUGAAGCAGCUCUUGCAUUAGACAAUAAUAAUCAGGAAGCUCGUGAUGGUUUAAUGAAUGCAAUGAGCAACAAUAAUGAAGAUCCGGAUGCCGCACGAGAACGUGCGUUGCGAGAUCCAGAAGUACAGGAAAUACUCAAGGAUCCAGGAAUGCGGCUAUUACUGGAGCAAAUGAGUCAGGAUCCUGGAGCAGUACGUGAGCACCUCCAAAAUCCAGAUAUUUUAAGAAAACUUAUGAAACUACGUGAAGCGGGCAUUAUUAAACUGCGAUAA